AUGGCUGAACAAAAUGCAGCAUUGAAGCCCGCAGACGAAGAAAGGAUCACGGCAGAGAAUAUUGAAGAUGUGGCAACAAGGGAGAAGUUCCACCACAACAUGCAGAUUGGUGGGGCCACAUGUGCAGACGUUGGCAUAAAGGUGGGUGAGGCCAGAGAUAAGGCGGAAGAAAUCGACACGAAGGCGUUGCAGGAAGAGAGCAUCGAACGAUUGAAGAUCGUGAAUUCCAUGAAGGAGAAGAUUCAGCAGGAGUAUGCGCGGAAAACAAAGCAGAUUGAGACCCAGGCUGCGAUUGAAAGAUCCACGGCCAUUAACAGGUCAAGACUGGAAAAGAUCAAAAGUCGACAGGAGAUGCUGGGAAAGCUGCAGGAAGACUCCCAGAAAGAGCUGGCCAGUCAGCUUCAAGACAAGGCAGCACAGAAAAAGUUUAUCACCAAGCUCAUUGUGCAGGGCUUGCUGAUGCUUCUGGAGGACAGCGUCGAGGUUCGAUGUCGGAAAUGUGAUGAGGCACUGGUUUCUGAGUGCAUCAAUGAUGCAGUGAGAGAAUACACCCAGGUCAUCAAGGACUCGACUGGAGCGUCAAAGAGCUGCAAGUUGACUUUGGAUCAGACGGUGCAGCUCCCCCCGGCGCCGAACGGCGAUGCUUCGGUGCCCUCAUGCCUCGGCGGUGUAGUUUUGGCCUGCCAGAAGGGCGCCAUUACCAUUGACAACACCAUCGAUUCCCGUUUGCAGCUAGUCAUGGAACAGGACUCCUUGAAGGGUGCCUAUGUGGACCCCACUGUGAACCUGGAGAUUGGCCUGAUGCGACAGCGUCUGAGAAUCAAGGACCAGGAGAUCGCGCAAGUGCGUGAGGAGCUCCAAAAUGCGCAGUUUCAACCGAACGGGAUCCAGGGCAAAAAGCUCCUGGACAAGUGCAAUCACCUGCAAGAGGAAAAUGCAGAGAUUGCCCGACAGCUGAGUGAAGAGAAACUGCAGGUACUCCGUAUCCAGCUCUGCGCUGAGCGCCAGAAGCGGGUGCAACUACGUCUGGGCCGUACGAAGCAUGCUGCGUCGUUCGAAGAAUAUAUAGACAAAUUGAAAGCUGCAUGCAGAUUUGGCGAGAGAAUACCCUCGAAGGCUCCACAUUUUGAUUGCUGGCGUUUUGGGCAACCUGUUUAA